AAAACAUACUUUGAAAUAUUAUGAAGUUUUUCAGGGAAGAUUGUCAAAAAGGUUUCCUCCUAGUUUGAAUGCACAUCAAGCAGCAUGUAUGAGGUUAGAUGCAGCAGAGAGGGGAGAGGGAGCAGAUAGAGGGAGAGAUAAAGAGAGAGAAAGUGAGUGUUUGCAUGUGUGUGAGAGAGCGGGGGGGAGCAAAGAGGAAAAGAGAGAGAGAGAGAGAGAGCGCAAACACAAGGAUAGCAGGCUUGACAUAUACAUAUUCGCAGUGAACAAACAGAAAUCCCAAUGCCAGAGAAAGACAGACGAAGCCAGUGAGAGAAGAAGGUCACCUCUAGAGCAGUGAAGGAACGGGGGGUCAUACCUGAAGACUGAACUUUGUAAGUCUGGAAUGGGAAAUCAGGAGGUCCUACUUUAAACAGAAGGCGACAUUUUGAUGCCACACCAUUGAAAGACGACCAGGGAACACACAGCAUUACUGAGGGUCACGAUGGAGGAACUCUCCGAAAAAGAUAAAGGUCUGAUUCGGGACAGCUGGGAGAGUCUGGGGAAGAACAAGGUGCCACAUGGAAUUGUUAUGUUCACGAGGUUAUUUGAGCUGGAUCCAGCACUGCUUACUCUCUUCAACUACAGCACAAACUGUGGCGUCGCACCUGAAUGCCUCUCCAGCCCAGAGUUCCUCGAGCACGUCACCAAGGUGAUGUUAGUGAUCGAUGCUGCUGUGAGCCAUCUUGAUGACCUACAUUCAUUGGAGGACUUCUUGUUGAACCUGGGCAAGAAGCACCAGACAGUUGGGGUGAAGACUCAGUCCUUCACUUUGGUUGGAGAGUCCCUGCUUUAUAUGCUUCAGUCCAGCCUGGGUCCGGCCUACACGACACCGCUGCGCCAGGCUUGGCUCAACUUGUACAGCAUCGUGGUAUCAGCCAUGACCAGAGGCUGGGCCAAGAAUGGUGAACAUAAGUCCAACUGAGAAGGAGGUAGAUGUGAGAUUCACACUGGAACACCCUUGAGGUUACACAAACCUCUCAAAAAUCCUUUCGAAGAGUGAGGGGCUGGGAUAUGGGACCACCAUUGUGAAAAUCAGUUCAGCUGAGUUGUAUUUUGGCUUACUGAAUGAUCCUAACUUUGGUAGCUUGGUUUAACUGUAGACUAAGAUUGUAGAUGGGGUUGAGGUGGAUCUUAUUGCAGGACAUAGACCGUUUUUGGUUGAAACUUCAAAAGCAAAAUUUGCUUUGUACAUACAGUAAUGACUAAGUACAUACAGUAAUGACUAAAUGUAUUUCCUCAAACUAUCUUAAAUGACUGUCUCGAUGUGUUGAUGUUUCAUGUGAGCGUAAAACAGAGGUUUGACUAUGCACAUGUGAGCUUGGUCAACUCGAAAAAGUUUUAUUCUGAUGCCUCUCGGAAUCAAUUUAGAUAAAGGCCUUUAAAGCCACUACAAUUUUAACCCUAAAUGACACAGAAUUAAUUCUAUACUCUUGCCUGUGCUGUGUUAGUUAAAGUUUACUGUAAGUUUAGUGAUGUUCAGUAAGUUAUCUGAGCAUGAACACGAUGAUAGUGUCCAAAUGAUAGUGUCAAAGACAAUAAGCAAUCAAUAGCCAUGAUUAUUUUUGUAUUUUAUUUCUUGAAGCCAUCCAAAUGUUCACGUGAAAUGUUUCGUUUGCCACCAUUUUUCAACCAUUAACAGUAUUUCUGGCGAUGAAAGUAAAUGACGAGAACUGUUACAUCUGAAAUAGCUUUUGGAAUUUUUAGACUGUUAAUUUAUGAACCUGUGCCAUGUCAUAAGUUUACAUUUCCAUUGUAUGGGAUUACACUCGACGCACUCUACUCCAAGACUUACUUACGAAAGACUUGUGUAGACUGUUACUUCACAAAAAGUGACUGUUAUAUCAUAGUGACUAGCUGAUUUGUUCAUCUAUUUACAAUAGUCUAAAAAUGUUUAUGCUAAAUGACCCGGAAUGGGUGUUAGUGAUGAAUAAGAAUUUUAUUUCACGUUUUUUUUGUAAAUUUGUUAUUUUUGGAAAAUAGUAAAUUGCAUUCGUUGGCUUAUUACAACCUUCUACGUUAAGAAAAUACAGACUCUUAUCUAAGAUAAGAAUAUUUGUUGCCAUAAUUAUGAGCUAUAGAAAAACGCUAAAAGCGAUGAUAACCUUUUUGCUGCUAUUCAAUAGCUUUGUAGAAAUGUUGUUCUCUUUAUAUGAGAGAUAUUUCUACAUUUAAAUGGGUCGUGCCAAGUCUUUUAAAGUGCGUAGAGCUGUCACAUAUAUUGAAACUGCUGGUAUGUUACACUUUACAUGUUAGCUUAUAGGACAAUAUCUACUUUAGGUAUAAAGCCUUUUAGGUAUAUUUAGGUUUAUGUGGAUUGAUUAUUUAAUUUUAUGUAUUGCUCAAUGGUGCACUAUGAUACGUUUUUUUUUUUUUCGCGUAAAAUAUAUCGAUUUUAUUUUCUCUCUUUAAGACUGUUUUACAUAUGUGCCAUCUAAUGGCUUUCCAAUAACAUUAAGAUGUCUGUCUUUAUGUAAUGAUUAGCUUGUUAGUAUUGAAAACCUUUUACGAAGGUGCAAUGGUUACAACAUUUUCAAGUGAAAGUGUUCCUUUGUUUAUUGACCAUUGAAGUGUCGUGUGUGUGUUGUAUUGGCUUCUGUGCUUUUUCUCCUGAUAUUCUGUGACUGGAUUGUCUCAAUGUCUACCUCACUGAAGCAGCUGAUAUUAAACAGCGAUGUUAUGACCUGGCUCCCCAGUAACCAAAAAGUUAUAUUUCAGUUAUACUGUACAUCCUACUGUAUAUCAUCUGCCAGUCACCGAUCAAACUAGAUUCAGGAUCAGUCAAGGCUCUAUGUAAACAUAUGUUGGAAGCUUAUUUGUAAUAAAUGACAGAAAUAAAUAAGAUCCUGCUCUCUUGA